GUUUUGCAAAGGACUCCUCUACAAGUGUGCACAGCGUCUUGUCCAACAUAUUGCCAUAAAUUGGUAAAACACUCUCCGUAUUAUGGACUCCGUCGCUUAGAAUGUACGAUAAAGAAUUCGAAAUACGUAAACAAUGGGCUCUAGUCGCCCUCGUUACGCUCUCGACUCUAGCCUUCGCGACAGCCGAAGCAAUUAAUGGUCUCGGAUGCCUGUACGACGACACCAUUUGCUCGGAUGAAGAAUAUUGUCUCAACGAUGGGUUGUUUGGAUCGUGUCGCAGCUCUUCCGAACUCGCGGAUUGGCUCUCAACGGAAACAGUCAACCCCAGAAUUCUCGAAGAGCUUCUGGCGGACCUCUGGAAGGACGGUUAUCGCUGGGAAGACGAAUACACUCAAUGCGUCAUAAGUUGCUUACUAGAAAACGCUCGAGAGGGGCUGGAUUACGAUCCGACUUGUUGUACCCACACUCUGAAGCUGACCGAACCCGUGACGAGCAACGAUAUAGUGUCGUCGCCGUCGCAGCCGCAGCUCUCUAAUGUGGACCCCGCAGAUCAAGCUUACAUUCGUUACACACCUAACCUCUCCGCCGGCGAACUUGGUGUCGAGUCACGUCGGAACGAUGGCGAGACCUAUGCAGAUGAGGUCUUCGUUCCUCCGAUGUCGACGUCAACUUCAAUCAUGGGGGAGGGUCAGGAUCCUGAAAGGCAACUCAGAGGUCUAGGAGCCAUAGCCGCGUUCACCGAUCAGGCAAACGAGCUCCGGAGAACACUGCGCAAGAGGCAGCUGGAACUCUUCGAUAAAGAUCAGGAAGAACAAGAUGAAGGCGGAGAAGAAGACGAGGACCCGCUGGCGAAAGUUAUUCAGGAUAAUCUGUGGGCGACGGGAAGUUCAAACGAUGAUCUGGGAGAGGUCAGAGACUCCUCUUUUAUCGACAAUUUAAAACCCAUUAGAAAGGGAAGCUUCCUAGAAGAUGACGAACCUGAGCUACGCGACACGUCAACUCUGCAGCAGCUAGCUUCGCUCGUAGACCGCGAAUUCGAGGAAGAGAAUAGACGCUCGGUUGAUUCCAAAGAACAGCAGAACGGAGAGCCUGGCGUAAGCGAUGAGGCUGUCACCUAUGAACUAGAGGAACUAGCGCCAGACAACUCGGUUUUUGUUGAUAAGAUCAAGAUCCGGGCUGAUCCCUUCAGACGACCGAUGCGCUUGGAUACCAAGAAACCGGGUCCAGGUUAUUUUUAUCGCGAGUUCGACGACGAGGAAGAUGUAGACAAAUAUACACAGAAACUGAGACGUCUCAAGGCCAUGCGAGAAAUGAAAUCGGAACUUCUCCAUGAGGUUGACAAUCCUGAGGAUAUAUCCAACGAUUUCGGUGAGGAUCUCACGCUGUUCGCUCGUCUGAUCGGUCCAUUCCCACCUAUCCCUUUCCGGGCCGUUCCGCGGAGAGGGCACUUGAUGCUGAUCGAGAAUGCGCCCAUCCAAGCUCUCUUCCUAGUAAAGGUGGAUGGGCUGCAGAAUGGCGGUAAGAAGCGCGCGGAAAUACCCGACGAGACAUUGAGUCGAAUCCCGGUGCGCCAAGCAGAAGGAAUGAUGAUGCUCGAUCCAUACAGCACCGCUGCCGGUAUUGAGCCCGUCGACUCAAGCACGGCUUACGUCAGCAUCGAGAGAGUAGAUAAAAGUACGGUGACCAAAGAGGACGCUAGUCGAUUGACAAUCACCUUAGAGAAACUCUUCGAGCUUCCGACCGGGACGAUUUCGCAAUCGCGUCUCAGCGGAGACCAGGUCGCUUUCAAGGUUCUUCCGAAUGAAAAAGGCAUCAACGCCACAGAGAUGAUCAACAGACUCGAUAAACUCAAGCAGGAAGUACGAGACAAAACGAACCUCACGAUUUCGAGAGCUGGAAUUGGGGAUGGCGUGAAGUACGAGCUCAUUGCACCUCGGAACGGCGAUCUCUUUUUAUUCUCUUUUGUCGUAUGCGGGUCUGUAGUCGGAGUCCUCCUCGCAAUAUCCGUCAUAUACGUCGUCCGCCGACAUCAGCUCAGCAAGGAGAAGCUCCAUAAUUUGAAUGGAGAAGACGAUCCCCUUGCAAAGUUCGACUAUCAGGAUCUGUGCCGCCAGCGCAUGGCUGACUCUGGGAAGGAAAGCCCUCUGGCCGCUGCGUUAGAGUCUGGGAAACUUCAAGGUUCUCCGAAGAAAGUCAAGAUCGUUUCUCAGCAGUCGGACAGCUCGCGUUCGUCGACUUCCUCGUGGAGCGAGGAGCCCGUGGCAACGAGCAUGGAUAUAUCGACCGGACACAUGAUUCUCUCCUACAUGGAAGAUCACAUCAAGUCGAAGAACCGACUGGAAGAAGAAUGGGAGAGUUUGUGCGCCUACGAAGCCGAUCCCUCGUCCACGGCUCAGGCCGAAAAGCAAGAGAACAUCAAGAAGAACCGCUACCCAGAUACUCUGCCGUACGAUCAUUCUCGAGUCAUCCUCAACGACGCGAGCAAUCCAAACGGUUCCGAUUACGUGAACGCUUCCGCGAUCACUGACCACGACCCUGGGAACCCAGCUUAUAUUGCCACACAGGGACCUCUGGCUCAUACGGCCGCGGAUUUCUGGCAGAUGGUCUGGGAACAAGGCGGAGUCGUCGUUGUCACGCUGACCCGACUCAUGGAAAACGGAGUGUCUAUGUGUCAUCGCUACUGGCCCGAAGAAGGAUCCGAAAGCUACGGUCUCUACGAAGUGCACCUCGUUUCCGAGCACGUGUGGUGCGACGAUUACCUCGUUCGCAGCUUCUAUCUGAAGAACCUCAAGACGUCAGAGACCCGUACCGUCACCCAGUUCCACUUCCUCUCAUGGCCCGAGAACGGAAUUCCACCAUCAACGAAAUCCCUCCUGGAUUUCAGGCGCAAAGUGAACAGGUCGUACCGCGGAAGAUCCUGUCCGAUCGUAGUUCACUGCAGCGAUGGAUCGGGUCGAACUGGAACCUACGUUCUGAUGGACAUGGUGCUUAACAGGAUCGCAAAAGGCGCGAAAGAAAUCGACGUGGCCGCCACCCUAGAACACGUGCGCGACCAGAGGGUCAACAUGGUCAAAACCAAAGCCCAAUUCGAAUUCGUGUUGAUGGCCGUUGCUGAGGAAGUUCACGCAAUCCUCAAGUCGCUGCCCAAGGAGUAGAGAGUCGACCAGAACGAUCUCGAUACUCGGAAAAUGCAGAAGAGAAAAAUGGAGGGGACGACGACUUCAAGCGACAGCUUUGCGUUUCGUUCGAUCUGUCGAUGACGAUCGUCUGUGUUUAAAAAUCUUGUUUUAUGGACUCCAUCGAUAC